ACACGGUGGGUUGAAGACAGAGAGAUUAACGGAGGAUUUGUUUACAGCUGUUUAAAUAUCGGUGAUGCCUGUCAGACUGUUCAAUACAGUCUGAUCAUUAAGCUACAUCAGUCCGCGAAGAGAGAUAGGCUACACGCCGACAGACCUGAACUGUCCCAAACCCGCUCUACACGCAGGGGAAGGUGUGAAGAUGUUCCAGAAAGGAAGUCAGAUAGAGUCCCUCUUCCUCUGUUUGUUAUUGGUGUCCUGUCCUCCGUCUCUCAGGUCAGAGUACAGUAGUUGUGGAGAGUUUGAGUUCUACAACCAGACCCUCAGUAGCUGCCAGCCCUGCCCACCAUGCCAACCUGGACAGGAGCCCCACAUGAACUGUGGCUAUGGGACUAAGGAUGAGGACUUUGUGUGUGUGUCGUGUCCGCCGGGGAAGUACUCGAAGGGAGUGUAUGAGAUCUGCAGGAGACAUAAGGACUGCGAAGGUCUGUACCGCGCUACAGUACUCAAACCUGGGACACUAGACAGUGACGCAGACUGUGGACCCUGCUUACCUGGGUAUUACAUCCAGGAGAACCGGCCCAGGAAUCUGUAUGGGAUGGUCUGUCACUCGUGUCAGAAUGCACCGCGCAACACUAAAGAGUGCAUGCUUACCAAAGCUGUGUUGUCAGGCAAAGCCCCCAGUGUCUCAACCAGCAGUACCACCAUGUUCCCUCACCUUCACAAAGACCCCACAGGACAGGGUCACCUAGCAACCGCUCUCAUCAUCGCCAUGUCAACCAUCUUCAUCAUGGCCAUCGCCAUCGUCCUCAUCAUCAUGUUCUACAUCCUCAAAGCCAAGCCCAGUGGACAGGCAUGCUGCUCUGGUCAGGUGGUGAAGGCUGUGGAGGCUCAGACCAACAAACAGGAGGAUAAGAAAGAUGUUCCAGACAACGUUGUCAUUUUCUCUGAAAAUGAUGAAUUUGACAAACUCAAACCCACACCUCCGAAAACGGUCAAAAGUGAGAAUGAUGCAUCAUCAGAGAACGAGCAGCUGUUGAGUCGUAGUAUGGACAGUGAUGAGGAGGCAGCCUUGGAGAGGCAGGGGGCAGCUGAUCCUAACCCCAGCCUCUGUCUCCUGAACCUGGGCAACAAGCCGGACCUCUGCCUGCUCUCCCUGGGGCUCCUCAACAGGGAUAAGACUGGAUCCAACCCCACCAGCCCUAUCAACGCUAACAAGAUUAGCAAUAGCAAUGCUAACAUCAUCAAUAACAACAACAACAACAAGGCUACAGGGAUUCAGAGCCGGAGGAAAAAGAUCCUGGAUCUGUAUGCUAGAGCCUGCAAUGUGGCCGAGGGUCUGAGUCCUACAGAACUACCAUUUGACUGUCUGGAGAAGGCCAGUCGUAUGCUGAGCUCCUCCUACAGUAGCGAGGCAGCCGUGGUGAAGACCUGGAGACACCUGGCAGAGAGCUUUGGUCUGAAGAGGGAUGAGAUCGGAGGGAUGAGUGAUGGCCUGCAGCUGUUUGAGAGGAUCAGUACAGCCGGCUACAGCAUCCCAGACCUGCUCACCAGACUGGUGCAGAUAGAGAGACUGGAUGCUGUGGAGUCACUGUGUUCUGAUGUACUGGGAGGAGGAGAUACACACACUGUCCCUCUGUCCUCACCACGCUGUGCAAGCGUCUGACUCACAUACAUACUAAUGUACACACACACUCAUAUACACACAUGAACACACGUGUAUGCACACAUGCAAUAGACCCAUGUGCACAUACCUGCACAUACAUUCACAAACAAACAGCUUUACCCCUCAACAUGAGGAAAGUCUGCAGGUCUCUCCAGAUUUCAGAUCUCUCUCUUCUCUUUCUCGUCUCUCUGUCUCCCUCUGGCAAUGGACUGGCAAUUAACUUUGCGCUAGACGCCUCGACAAAAGCUUUUUAUAACCUUUUUUACCAUUUUUGUUUACAUAGAUCACAUUUUGUACAGUUCAUAAUAUGACAUUUUAAAAAUGGCAUGAUGGACCUCUGCCAGGACCCCUGUGGCCCCAGACCCUCUAUUACCACGCCUAACCACAACCCUCCCCUUCCCCCAGCGGUCAGCUGCUGCCACUGGCUCUAAUUGGUUGGUGUGUGGCGGUCUGGUCUAAUAGUGUUGUGGUUUACAGUCGAGACUUUCAGCACCUAAUUAACCACUAAAACCAAUGAACCAGUAAAGACCAGAUGCCAGAGACUAUUAAAGAGACUGCUAACAGACUAGGCCUACUGCAGCCUGAGGAAUGCAGGGAGACAGGACUCCAGGAGACCCAGCUCUGAGCUACGCUAUGGUCAGCCUGGCUCUGACGCUAUGCUGGGUGAUGCCACAGGAUGGCAGCCAUUUUGUGCCAAAAAGCUCAGCACAUACAGUGGUGUGAAGUGUUCCUUCCUGAUUUCUUAUUUGUUUGCAUGUUUGUCACACUUAAAUGUUUCAG